AGGAAAGAGAAAUAUAAAAAUAGAUGAGACAUGUUUAUCAUCUUGCUCGUUUGCACCUCUGUAAAGCCUUGAAUUCUGGCCAACCUCCCAACCACGCACAACUAACUCGUUCGCCGAAAGGACAACAACAUCAGAGAAAAUACUGUAUUACUAUUGAAGAAAACACCGAAACAACCAAAAUUGUAAAUUAAUCGUAAACGAGAUAAAUAAAUGGAAAGAAAAAAAAAAUACAGUCCGUAAAAAGUGGACUUCUCGCUGCUUAUGAAUUCCGAGCCUCUUCACACUGAUAGACCAGAAUGAUUUCAUUUUCCAGUUGUAUUUGACUUGCAGGACUCUAAGCAACGACGUAAUAUUCGCAUGGAAUUUUACAACGUAUUUACUUUUUAUUCAACGCAUUUACUUUUUAUUCAACGCUGCCGCUAGAAGUUGACAUAUGAUCUAUCGUUUCGUACUUAUUCUUCGGAAUGAAGUCCUUAGACUCUUGACCUUUUAUCUUCGAAAAGGAAAAUGUCGCACCGAAGCUAAAAUUGCGACUCUUUAACCAUAGUUAGUGCCCUCUACCAACUAUGCUUUAACGAUGAGAAACUUGGGAGAAAAUAAUUUAUGCUUAACAAGAUGUCGCGUGCCACGUGUGAAUAAUGCAUAUUUUUCACCAAUAACAAUAAGGAACCAACAAUGACACGGUUGGUUAAUUCUAUGUUACGAGGACUCGAUGAAAGUUGUUAUUAUGUAAAGGUUCGUAAGGAAAUAGAGCUUAAAAUCAAAAUAUUACACGAUCAUGUGUUCUAGAAGGCUUCUACCAACGCUUGGGCUUUCGGUGGUUCUGUGUUGUGUAACGUUUGGUGGAUAUUACUCGUUUCUUGAGGCCACUAUGGACGGAGGCUAUACAGAGUGGUCUGCAUGGAGUAACUGCUCGAAAGACUGCGGUGAGGGAUUUCAAACACGAUAUCGAACUUGUGCUCAACCGUCUCCUGGGAGAUACGGAAAAGAUUGUUAUCGUUUCGGCCCGGACAAAGACAAAAAGCCUUGCUUUUUGAAAAUAUGUGCCAUCGACGGAAAAUUCAGCGAUUGGAGCGGUUUUUCGGCAUGCGAUAGAUCGUGUGGCGGAGGAAAGCAAUUUAGAACUAGGCAAUGCAACAAUCCACCGGCGGUUUUCGGAGGAAAACCCUGCGAAGGACCACCGCGGGAAGAACAACUCUGUAAUACUCACGAGUGUCCGGUUGAUGGCGGAUUCACGCAGUGGAGUGAGUACGGGCCGUGCUCUGUCACGUGUGGAAAGGGAAUUAAGACUAGAAAGAGGACCUGCUCAAAUCCGCCGCCGAGCAAUGGUGGAAAGCCUUGUACGGACCCUGCCGAGGAAUAUACCCAAUGUGGCGAUCCAUGUGCAGUCGACGGCGGUUACACGGAAUGGACCGAAUACGGACCAUGUUCCGUAACGUGUGGAAAAGGAACUAGGAUCAGAACAAGGACAUGUACAAAUCCAAGGCCAAGCGAUGGCGGAAAACCUUGCAGCGAACCCUCUAGAGAAUAUAUUGCCUGCGAUGAGGUAGCGUGCCCGGCGAUUCAAAAACCAGAAGAAACGCAUCGAGACAGUCAACUCGCACCACAAUCUGAUCGACAGGCGCCGGCUUCGUGACCACAAGAACAGAAUCAGUGUAACGAAUGCGAUUUACUUGUGUGCACCAGUAAUAAGAAAUUGUAUGAAUAACUUGAUUUCUAUCAGUGUAGUUCUAAGAGGAAGAUUUCGUGACAAUAUUGGCGUGUUGGUGAAUGACACGUUACAGAUGAGUUCAUAUCAAAGGUGUUAAACACCUUUCAGGGUCCAAAGAGAUCUCUAUAAUUAUUACUCGUGUUUAUAGUUUGAUGUUCGAAUGGUCAGUUUGCAAAGCGAUGCAAAGUGGCAAAAAAGUGGAAAAAAAAAAUCUCAGUUUUCUUAAAAAUUUAGGCAGAAAUGGGUUGUUAUUUAAUACUUUGUAAAAUUAAUGCAUAUUAUGAAUGGGGAGGGUAACAAAUUUUCAUCAGAACUGUGGCAAGGACUCAAAUCAUUUGGGUUUUGCUUUGAAAUUCUGAUUCGUUUGGGUCAAAUCUUUCAUCACUCACAGAGUAUGGGGGAAAAUAAAUAGGGAUAGCGAAAAAAAAAAAAA